UGCCAAUAAACCCCGCCAAUGAUAUUUGCGUUACCUACUCCUAUGUACUAUUCUUUCCCUCGUUCCCGAUACGAUACGACUUUACAAACUUUAAAAUUCACUUGCAUAACUUGCACAUAGUCAAUCGCGAUUGACUCAUCUUUAACUUGCGACAUAUUUUAUAAAGCAAAAUAAAAUAAAUAUUAAUCUUAGAACUAGAAACUUUUUAAUAGACACACGAAACCGUAGAGAGAUUAUCGCAUACCAGCAAAAGAUGGCCCAAUCAACAGCCCACCGCCGGCUUCUCCAAGAGUAUAAGAUGCUAACUAACAACCCACCCGACGGAAUCACAGCCGGCCCUGUUAGCGAGGACGACAUGCUGCACUGGGAAGCCCUGAUCCAAGGCCCCGAGGGAACUCCCUUCGAAGGUGGCGUCUUCGCCGCGGAACUCAAGUUCCCCAAAGACUACCCCUUGGCACCGCCCAAGAUGACCUUCCUAGGGGAAGUUUUCCACCCUAAUGUCUAUCAGAGCGGUUUAGUCUGCAUUUCCAUCCUACACCCGCCCGGAGACGACCCGAACCACUACGAACACGCCUCGGAGCGGUGGAGUCCGAUUCAGUCGGUCGAGAAGAUCUUGAUAUCCGUCAUGAGCAUGCUAGCGGAGCCCAACGACGAAAGCCCGGCUAACGUCGAAGCCGCUAAGAUGUGGCGGGAGAACCGCCCCGAGUACGAGAGGAAGGUCCGAGAGAGCGUGCGACACAUGCUCGGCCUCUAGGUAUUGGAGGGGGGGAGGAUGGGAGGGGAAUAAGCUCAUCCCACAUCCCCGUAAUAUUAUUCAACAUAUUGCUGUCGCUAAAAACGUCUGCAUACGGCAUCCACCACCGUCAAAACAAUAUCUAGCUGGAGGACUACCAACCACGACGAAUAUAUCCGGGAUGGUACGACAUUCCGUUUGAAUAAACACGAUCACGACGUCAUUGCUAUCAACCAGGCUAUAUAAAGAUACCAUGAUUUUAAGGAAUAAGCGUGCAGAAAUGGGAGCGGUAGUCAACCUAGCCUGAAUGCUAAAUAUGCUCAUAUAGGAUGGCAGGGAUAGCCGAAACAGCAGUACACACCAUCAUAAUUUUCCACUACGAAGUAUUAUGACUCGAAGGCAUAGAAAACUGCCGCCGUUCUCGACUUUAUUUUUAAUGCAGCAUAGCGAAGGUGUUCGGCUUGCGUUAGGUAUUAGUUAGAUUACAAUACAACCAGAGCAAGAUUACUACAAGCAGCACAAUGAUCACUACAUGUUAAAGGUACC